UGCAUAAGAUUGUGCAAAAACGUACCUUGACUAAUCAUUUCAUUGGAUUUUUAUCACAACUGAUUGUUUUUCCAUGUGAAAUCUUGGGGUUUCGAACUUUCCUUCUGGAGAAUGCCUUUUGAAACAGUUUUCUCUAGCUAUCUAUUGUCAACUACUUGGUAAUCAGUGGGUAUUAAAGUGUUCAAAAUGUACAGACAGUGGGCAGUGGUGAAUAUUUUCAUGAUGUUUUAUCUGCAAUUGGUGCAAGACUCCAGUGAUGAACAUGGAUCAAUGAAGCGGUCCCUGUUAGAACAAUCUGAACAGCAGAUUAGGGCAGCUUCUGGCUUGGAGGAACUACUGCAAAUCACACACUUCGAGGACUGGAAGCUGUGGAGAUGCCGGCUGAAGCUCAAAAGUUUUACCACCCCGGACUCUCGCUCAGCAUCCCAUCGGUCCACCAGGUUUGCGGCAACUUUCUAUGACAUUGAAACAUUAAAAGUUAUAGAUGAGGAAUGGCGAAGAACCCAGUGCAGCCCUAGAGAGACGUGUGUGGAGGUCGCCAGUGAGCUGGGGAGGAGCACCAACAGGUUCUUCAAACCUCCCUGUGUGAACGUUUUCCGGUGUGGCGGCUGCUGCAAUGAAGAGAGCGUCAUCUGCAUGAACACCAGCACCUCGUAUGUUUCCAAACAGCUCUUUGAAAUAUCAGUGCCUUUGACAUCAGUGCCCGAAUUAGUGCCUGUUAAAGUUGCCAACCAUACAGGUUGUAAGUGCUUGUCAACAGCUCCCAGCCAUCCAUACCCCAUUAUCAGAAGAUCCAUUGAGGUCACAGAAGAAAAUGGUUGUUCCCAUCCCAAGAAACUCUGUCCUAUUGACAUGCUAUGGGAUAGCAGCAAAUGUAAAUGUGUUUUACAGGAGGAGAAUCCACUUGCUGGCAUGGAAGACCCCUCUCACCUUCAGGAACUGACCCUCUGUGGGCCGCACAUGAAGUUUGAUGAAGACCGUUGUGAGUGCGUGUGUAAAACAACCUGUCCCGCAGAUCUCAUCCAGCACCCAGAAAACUGCAGUUGCAUUGAGUGCAGAGAGAGUCUGGAGAGCUGCUGCCGGAAGCACAAGGUAUUUCACCCAGAUACCUGCAGCUGUGAGGAAGGAUGCCCCUUUCACACCAGAAUGUGUACAAAUGCUAAACCAGCCUGUGCAAAGCAUUGCCGCUUUCCAAAGGAGAAAAGGCCUACCCCUGAGCUCCACAGUCAAGAAAAUCCUUGAUUCAGCUUUGUUCCCAAGUUCCUCCUCCCUCAUUUUAAACAGCAUGCCGCUUUGCCAAGUUGCUGUCACUGUUUUUCUUUUUUUCCAGGGGUUGGAAAAAAUUCAUUUCACAUAGUACCGGGGGAAUCCAAACCAACCUUCCAUUAAACAGCAGUUGAGGAUUCCCCGGUUCCUUGAUAGAUAUCUUCUCUGCACACCAAGAAGUGGAGAAGAGGGAGCCUGUGUAACCCUUUCUGUUUGGUGAAAGAAAAAGGUUUGAUCAUCAUGGAAUGAUAAGUGCUUUGUCACUGAUUACUCACAGCAGAGGAGGCAAUUUGAAUAGUCUCUGAGUCCUUUGCUAAUUGCAACUCUCCUGUGAAUUAUUCUGAUUCUUCCUUAUGCAGAUUUGAUUCAUAUGAUCAGCACUGAUUUUCUGAUUACUGUCCAGCUUGUAGUUUUGAGUUUACCAAACUCCUGUCUGUUGUUUCAUAUUUAAGUGUAUUUAAAGAAAAUAAACACCAUUAUUCAAGCCAUUGAAUUUUGUGUGUUAUUUAAUAUGCUUCCACUCCAAAUUUUAUGCUAAAGAAAAUAAUGUUGUGAAGAGAGAAAAGAAUUUAGAAGUGGGGCU